AUGAAUAAUAUACAAACUGAUGAUGCAGAUGAAACAUUUGUUUCCUAUCAUGACUUAAAUAUGGUGAGAAAAAAAGAGCUUCUACUUACUCUAAGACAAGAAAAUAAACAACUUAAUAACAAAUUAAAAAUAUUAAAUGAAGCAAUUGAUGCUCUUAAAGACAAUAAUGGUGGAGAGAAAAUUACUUUUUAUGAUGAGGUGGAUUUUUUAAGUAAUUAG